AUGGCUGAGGGAGCUACCCAUUUUUCUGCCAUCCACAAGGUUUUUGGCGCAAGCAAUGUGUCGAAUCUUUUAGCUCACCUUCCGUUGAGCGAUCGAUGUGAGGCCGCAAAGCCUUAUUUCUCCUAUGAAGAGGGAGCUACCCAUUUUUCUGCCAUCCACAAGGUUUUUGGCGCAAGCAAUGUGUCGAAUCUUUUAGCUCACCUUCCGUUGAGCGAUCGAUGUGAGGCCACAACGACGAUAUGGCAUGAAGCUGAAGCCAGGCUUCAAGAUCCCAUAUAUGGUUGUGUUUCACAUAUUAUUGCUCUCAAACAGCAGGUGGUCAACUUACAAGCACAGUUAGCUUUCCUCAAGGAUCAAGCAUAUGCUGUAGCAAACCCUAAUGAUCAGAGUGCACACGACUUACAGGCCUAUAUGGAGGAAUGUGACCUGAUUAAUGAAAUUCCAAAGUGCUCUAACUACGAGGACCUUGUCACAAGCCUCACAUUAAUGAGAGCCAAUGCUCACAUUAAUGAAAUUCCAGAGUGCUCUAAUGCUCAAUCAAACUGGAGGAAAUGUUAG